CCCGGGCGGCCAUCUCAGGCAGCCGGGGCCCGGCCGGCUCCGUGCUGCGGCGGCGGCGGGGCCGAGGCGGGGCGAGGGCGGUGUGAGGGCGGCGUUUCCCGGUGCGGAGCGGGGCCGGCCGCCAUGGCCAGGCACGUUUUCCUCACAGGACCCCCAGGGAUUGGAAAGACUACUUUGAUCCAGAAAGUCACUCAGGCACUAAGAUCCUCAGACGUUCCCAUUGAUGGAUUUUACACAGAGGAAGUUAAAGAAGGUGGCAGAAGAAGAGGAUUUGAUGUUGUCACUUUAUCUGGAAAACGAGGUCCUUUAUCUAGAGUCAGUUCUGAUUCUUCUGCUUCAAGACGUGAAUAUCGAGUUGGACAGUAUGUUGUAGACCUCGUUUCGUUUGAGCAGUUGGUUCUACCUGUGCUGAGAAAUGUAAACCACGGCAGCGAUUCAGAGAAAAAGAUCUGCGUCAUAGAUGAGAUUGGUAAGAUGGAGCUCUUCAGCCAGGCUUUUAUUCGAGCUGUUCGGGAAACGCUGACCGACCCUGGCACCGUGGUACUUGGAACGAUUCCAGUACCGAAGGGAAAGCCACUGGAUCUUGUUGAAGAAAUAAGAAGUAGGAAAGAUGUUAAAGUGUUCAAUGUUAGCAAGGAAAACAGAAACAACAUUUUGCAAGACAUCUUGGCAGCGGUGGAGUCCUGCAGAAAAUGAAGAUCUUUUCUUGCCUGUAAACACUAAAGCCUUUAUUUUUACAAAACAUAACGCUUUGUGGAUAUUUAAUCUGCCUUUCCUGCUGAAGCUCCUGGAGGCUUUACUAGAACUUCCAGGGUAAGCAAGGUAAAGCUGGUAAUAGUCUAAACUGUGAAAACGAGAUGGAAGGGUUCUUGUUCGUCCAGGUCAUGAGCUGAUCCAUUCAAAACUUCCAGAGAUCCGUAGUUAACGUGAAAAUUUGACCUGGGUAUUUGGAAGAUAGGCGGUCUGACUCCGAUCCUAGUUACACCACGUAAAAGCAGUUAGCUGCCAAAUCUGAUAAGAGAUCUGAGUCCUUCAGAGUGACGAGGACUGUUCUGGCCAGAGAGCAGUUUGGGGUCUGUAACAUCCCAUGCAGUAAUAUGCGUUAAGGAACCAGAACUUAACCCCAGUGUAACAGAAUACAACUGUGCCCAAAAAGUGUGUGUGCUCUGCUUGGCUUGUGUAUAAAUAAACACCGUUGUUAACUUUGACCUGGUUGAGGUGUGUCAAAAUUUCACCAGGGGUGCUGACAAUUCAUGAGGUGGAAGGAGGGAGUGGAUUCCUGCCCCCUAUCCAACCGGCACCUCUCUCCUCAACUGCGUGGUAAGAAGGGCUGUGGAGAGUUCCAAGGAAAUUUCCUGUAAUCCCAAAUGAUACAUACAGAAUUCCACUUAAGGGGGAAACAUAACCAACUAUACCCUUUCUUAAGUGGCCCAGACAGUAGUUAUGAGGGCUGCCUUUUGGGUUAAUUUUAAAGUUUUAGAUGGCAGCCUUGCUUCACACCCCUUUAAAAAAAAAACUUUAGGUUUAUGGAGUGGAAUCAAAUCUUGACAGUUUAUGAGGUCAGGAUUGACUUAAUGCUGCAUUUGUCUAUAUGGGUUUUACAAGCCAUCAUGUUUACUGAUACUUUUUUUUUUUGCUUUUUUUUUCCUUAUUCAAUUCUGUGCACACUUAAUAGUUGUGAUAUAAGAUGUGUGUGACAGUAUUAGACAAUGUCUUUUUCCUCUGAGGUUUGCAAAUGUGUUAGGAAAAAGUUCUUGCACAUAAUCUGUUUUUGCAUGUUACGAAAACAGAAUUCCCUCCCAGGUGCACUCCUGUUCCUUGUACAAUUUAUAGUCAUCUCUGGCUGUAAGAUGUUAAGACUUCAGUUGUUCCUUAACUUUUUUCUGUUUGGUUCAACGACUGUUAAAGUGAGCAAACUAAAGGCAUUUUCAAACAUC